UAUUAUUAGAAACAUUUUCUAUAGAAACAUACAAGAUUAUUAUUAUCCCAAAUUUUAAUCUUUAUAUUUUAUACUACUAUAAUCUUUACUAGCAUAAAGAUUGUGGUAGACUCCGGCGUUGUUCGUGUGUCAAAGUUGGAGACCGGACGCUUGAACGGUUACGUUUGCACUUUCAACGCUCUUCCUACGACUUCUUCGUUUUUACCGCUUACGGAGAAAGAUAUAAAUUUCUUAUUUACUAUAAGUUUUAGUACGUGAUUCUGGGCAAGAUAAUCAUGUUACGAUGUUAAAAUUUUUAUAUUCCGCUGCCUAUCCUUGCAUGGUUACCUUUCAGACACAGAUUUUGAAUUCUGGGAAGAUGCAAAAGAGGGGGUAUAUACACAAGGCACCCACCAUGGUGGAAUCUGCGACAGGAGAAGAGAGGGUACCCUCCUCCCUCCAGUUCAUUGUUCCCCUACUCCGCGUUGCCAAUGAAAUCGAGAGAGAAAAUGAAACAGCUGCUUUUAUAUGCCGGCUGGUGGCUUUGGACAAGGCUAAUAAGGAGGAUCCAAAGUCAACUGGACGCGGUGUUCGUCAGCUUAAGACUUACCUGCAAAGAAGACUAGAGGGAAUGGAACAUGGUGACUUACAGUAUAAAGGUUUUGAAGAGUUUUUCAAGAAGUACUAUGAGGAAAAUAUUAGAGAUGGCCAUAAAACCAAAAAACCAGAAGAGAUGGCGAAGAUAUGCCAAAUUGCAAGUGUUUUGUAUGACGUGCUCAAGAAUAUUACGAAAGAUCCUGAAAUAGAUUUGGAUGAUGUGACAAAGAUAUAUGGCAAUGAUGUAGAGGAGAAAAGAAAACAGUAUGAGCACUAUAACAUUCUUCCACUUUAUGCUGUUGUGCUAAAACCAAGGAUAAUGGACCUACCUGAGAUCAAUAAAUCACUUACUGCCUUCAAAAUGUCCGACAACAAGGAUAUCCUUAAAUGGCUGGCACAGACCUUUGGAUUCCAGGAUGGAAAUGUAGCAAACCAAAGGGAGCACUUAGUACUGCUGCUUGCUAAUAUGGAAAUCAGGAAUAAGAGCUCAGAUAGAGAUACUCAUACAUUCGGGAUCACGGUACAACAACUAAUGGACAAGAUCUUUAAAAACUAUGAGUCAUGGUGCAAAUAUUUGCAUCGCCCAUCAAGUAUCAAAUCUCAUGAACUUGGUGAAUGGCUGCAUCUUGAAAAGCACCAGGCUGAUCUUGUUUACAUUGGGCUUUAUCUUCUUAUCUGGGGUGAAGCUUCAAAUAUCCGAUUCAUGCCAGAAUGUCUCUGCUAUAUAUUCCACAAGAUGGCUGAAGAGCUUAAUGAGCAUUCAUCGAGUAAUGUUGAUCGUGUCAGUGGUGGUACACAGCAGACUGUGCCUCAUGGGGAUAAUGCAUUUCUGAUGGAUAUUGUUUCACCCAUUUAUGAAGUGAUACAGAAGGAAGCCAAGAGAAACAAAGGAGGGAAAACAAGUCAUUCAGCAUGGCGAAAUUAUGAUGAUCUGAAUGAAUACUUCUGGUCUGAUAAAUGUUUCGAGUUGGGAUGGCCAAUGAAGCAAAGUGCAGAUUUUUUUGUGCGCCCGUAUGAUAGUCGUAAAUUAAAUGCUGAUCAUAGCAACGUUGCUACAGGAAAGAAGAAGCCAAAGACAAAUUUUGUUGAAAUUCGUACUUUCUGGCAUCUCUAUAGGAGUUUUGAUCGCUUCUGGACAUUCUUUAUAUUGGCUCUUCAGGCAAUGAUUAUUAUUGCAUGGAACCAUUCCGGAUCCAUCUCUGACAUUUUUGAUGAGGACUUGUUCAAAAGCAUUUUGAGCAUUUUUAUAACUGCUGCUAUUCUGCAUUUUGUGCGAGCUAUUUUGGAUAUAAUCCUUAGCCUUAAUGCCUGGAGGAGCAUGAGAUUUAUGCAGAUACUUCGCUACCUUCUGAAACUUGUGGUUGCAGCAUUCUGGGUGGUUGUUAUGCCAAUUACAUAUUCUAAAUCUAUUCAGGAUCCCACAGGGGUUGUCCGGUUUUUCAGUAAUUUGGGAGGAGAUAUACCUAACCAAUCAUUAUACUACUAUUGUGUUGCAAUAUACUUGAUGCCAAACAUAUUGGCUGCAUUUAUAUUUAUGUUCCCGUGUAUGAGAAGAUCUUUGGAAAAAUCAAACUGGCGUAUUAUUGUGCUUCUAAUGUGGUGGUCUCAGCCGAAACUGUAUGUUGGAAGAGGCAUGCAUGAAGAUAUGAUUUCACUGUUUAAGUACACAUUUUUCUGGAUCUUUCUGCUCAUCACCAAGCUAGCAUUUAGCUAUUAUGUGGAGAUUCUGCCAUUAGUUCAACCUACAAAGACCAUCAUGGAUAUCAGAGUGACUAACUACGAAUGGCAUGAGUUCUUCCCUAACAUGUCAAAUAAUAUUGGGGUGGUGAUUGCAGUUUGGAGUCCAAUUGUUCUGGUCUAUUUCUUGGAUGCACAAAUAUGGUAUGCUAUAUUUUAUACAAUUGUUGGAGGGAUCACUGGAGCAUUUAGUCACCUUGGUGAGAUUAGAACACUUGGGAUGCUAAGGUCUAGAUUUGUAUCUAUUCCAUUAGCUUUCAGAGAACGCUUUCUACCUUAUAAGAAAGAGGAGCCCAGACAAAUAAAUGAAGAUGCUUUGUUGGAACGAAAGAACAUCGCAAAGUUCUCCCAAAUGUGGAAUGAGUUCAUAGUAUCAUUGCGGAUGGAGGACUUGAUCAACAAUAGGGAAAGGGAUCUCCUUCUUGUGCCAUAUUCUUCAAGUGAGAUUAGUGUCAUCCAAUGGCCUCCGUUCUUGCUUGCUAGUAAGAUCCCAAUAGCACUAGACAUGGCAAAAGAUUUUAAGGGGAAGGAAGAUGCUGAACUGUUCAGGAAGAUUAAUAGCGAUGAGUUUAUGUCUUCAGCUGUGACUGAAUGCUAUGAAACACUCAAGUAUUUAUUGACUGAAGUACCGGUAUCUCAAGAUGAGAAGAUGAUCAUUAAGAAGAGAUUUGAAGAAGUAGAUCGCAGCAUAGCAAACAAGACUUUCCAUAAAUUCAAGUUGAAUGGAUUGCCAGUACUGAACGAUAAAUUGGGGAUGUUUUUUGGUGUUGUGUUAACUAAUUAUGAAUCCGAAGAAGAGAAAAGGUUACAUCUGAUAAACCUCCUCCAAGACGCUGAGGACAUUUUCACUGAGGAUGUGAUGAAUAAGGACGAGAACAAGAAAAAAGCCCCAAAAGAGGGAAAAUUUCACAAUAUAAACAUGUCAAAACUUACAACAUCUUGGAGGGAAAAGGUUGUGAGACUCCAUUUGCUAUUGACAGUGAAGGAAUCAGCAAUAAAUGUACCAAUGAAUUUAGAAGCACGUCGAAGGAUCACUUUUUUUGCAAAUUCUUUAUUUAUGAAAAUGCCAUCUGCUCCAGAAGUUCGUAAGAUGUUAUCGUUCAGUGUUCUAACUCCAUAUUACAAGGAGGAAGUUAUGUAUUCUGAGGAAGAACUUAACAAGGAAAAUGAAGAUGGGAUAUCUACUCUCUUUUACCUUCAGAAAAUCUAUCCAGAUGAAUGGAAGAACUUUCAGGACCGCAUUGCCGAACUUAAGCCUGAUGACAAGAAAAGGAUUGAACUCACUCGGCAGUGGGUGUCUUACAGGGGCCAGACACUCGCAAGAACUGUAAGAGGAAUGAUGUACUACAAGAAAGCCAUUGAGCUUCAGUACUUCCUUGAACAUGCGAAUGAUAAAGAAAUAUUUGGGGGCUAUCGUAGUAACACGGAUACAGAUAAGCCUGAGUUCAGAUCUAAUGAAAUAGAACAAGCAUGGGCAGAUUUGAAGUUCACCUAUAUUGUCUCAUGUCAGCUUUAUGGUGCUCAGAAGAAAUCCCAGGAUAAAAAAGAGCACAGUUGUUACCUCAAUAUUCUUAAUCUCAUGUCGGAGUAUCCGUCUUUGCGUGUUGCUUAUAUAGAUGAAAGAGAGGAGACAGACGAUGAUGGUAACACCGAGAAAAUUUAUUACUCUGUUCUUGUCAAAGGACAGGAAGGAGUAGAUAAGUUGGAUGAGGAAAUAUAUCGAAUCAGGCUUCCUGGUCCCCCAGCAGAAAUUGGUGAAGGAAAACCAGAAAAUCAAAAUCAUGCCAUUAUUUUCACUCGUGGAGAAGCACUGCAGACCAUAGACAUGAAUCAGGAUAAUUAUUAUGAAGAAGCAUUCAAAAUGAGAAAUGUGCUCGAGGAGUUCAAGAAAAGUCAUCAUGGGCAACGUCGGCCAACAAUUUUAGGAUUAAGGGAGCACAUUUUUACCGGGAGUGUCUCUUCACUUGCCUGGUUCAUGUCCAACCAGGAGACUAGCUUUGUAACUAUUGGACAAAGAGUUAUGGCAAGCCCUUUAAGGGUGAGAUUCCACUAUGGUCAUCCAGAUAUAUUUGACAGAAUAUUUCAUAUUACAAGAGGGGGCAUAAGCAAAGCCUCAAAAACUAUUAACUUGAGUGAAGAUAUAUUCUCAGGUUACAAUUCAACAUUACGAGGAGGAUAUGUGACACAUCAUGAAUACAUUCAAGUGGGAAAAGGGCGUGAUGUGGGGAUGAAUCAGAUAUCUCUCUUUGAGGCAAAGGUUGCAAAUGGAAAUGGUGAACAGACGCUUAGCCGUGAUGUGUACAGGCUUGGACGUCGUUUUGACUUCUAUAGGAUGUUAUCAUUCUACUUCACCACCAUUGGUUUCUAUUUUAGUAGCAUGGUCACCGUGAUUACUGUUUACGUCUUUCUGUAUGGCCGUCUGUAUAUGGUCUUGAGUGGAUUGGAAAAGCGGAUUCUGGAGGAUCCAUCUGUUCGUGAGAGUAAAGCUCUGGAAGAGGCUUUGGCAACCCAGUCUGUGUUUCAGCUGGGAUUGUUGCUUGUAUUUCCUAUGGUCAUGGAAAUUGGCCUCGAGAGAGGAUUUCUUACUGCCAUAGGUGAUUUCGUUCUAAUGCAAUUGCAGCUUGCUCCUGUUUUCUUCACAUUCCAGCUCGGAACAAAAGCACAUUACUAUGGCAGAACUCUUUUGCAUGGAGGUUCUAAGUACCGUGCUACUGGUCGUGGUUUUGUUGUUUUCCAUGCCAAGUAUGCCGAUAACUACAGAUUGUACUCCCGCAGUCACUUUGUGAAGGGGCUUGAGCUGUUGAUAUUGUUAGUUGUUUACGAAGUCUAUGGGGAAUCUUACAGGAGUUCUAAACUGUACUGGUUUGUAACUAUAUCAAUGUGGUUUUUAGUUGGGUCAUGGUUGUCUGCUCCUUUUGUGUUCAACCCAUCUGGGUACGAUUGGCAGAAAACAGUUGAUGAUUGGACAGACUGGAAGAGGUGGAUGGGAAAUCGUGGUGGCAUUGGGAUUCCUGCCGAUAAAAGUUGGGAAUCUUGGUGGAGUGAAGAACAAGAGCAUCUGAAAAACACAAGCAUAAGGGGUAGGCUGUUUGAGAUCAUCCUUUCACUUCGGUUUUUCAUUUAUCAGUAUGGAGUUGUGUACCACCUUGAUAUAGCUCAUGGAAGCAGGAGUUUACUGGUAUAUGGACUUUCUUGGUUUGUUAUGGUCACUGUUCUUCUUGUCUUGAAGAUGGUGUCAAUGGGAAGACGAAGAUUUGGCACCGACUUUCAGCUAAUGUUCAGAAUUUUGAAGGCACUACUUUUCUUUGGUUUUGCAUCGGUCAUGACGGUGCUUUUUGUGGUCUGUGGCCUCACCCUGGGUGAUCUAUUUGCAGCUCUUCUGGCCUUCUUGCCCACAGGCUGGGGUCUUCUUCUUAUAGGACAAGCCUGCAAGCCCUGUCUAAGACGUGUCGGAGUAUGGGACUCGGUGAUGGAGUUAGGAAGAGCAUAUGAGUGUCUCAUGGGGCUUGUCAUCUUCAUGCCUACUGUCAUAUUAUCUUGGUUUCCAUUUGUUUCAGAAUUCCAAACUAGGUUGCUCUUCAAUCAAGCUUUCAGUAGAGGUCUCCAGAUUUCCAUGAUUCUUGCAGGAAAGAAAAACCAGUAAAGCAGCCCGACAACAGAUUCUUGCAUAAGAACAACGACCUUCUCACGGCUAUUACUGAGAGGAUUAUUGUGAACAACAACGUUGUUCCUCCUGCGCAGGACAAUGAAAUAUUCUUGCAAGUUCUAGCUUAAGUUCGAGAUUGAUUCUUGGUAGAUAGACUGAUGUAAUGUGUGUGCAAUAUAGUGAGUGACCAUCCUUGCAAAGACUUGGGUAGAGAUAAAUAGGGAGGUAAAUGUAUUCCGGGUAGCCUUUAAGGCAU